AUGCGCUGCUCCACACUGCUCGGCCUCGCGGCCAGCCUCACCACGGCCGCCGCCCAGCUCAAAGGCUUCAACUAUGGCAGCACUCUGACCACCGGCGCCGCCAAAUCCCAGGCCGACUUCACCGAUGAGUUCAACCUGGCCAAGAACCUCGUCGGCGCCUCAGGCUUCACCUCGGCCCGUCUGUACACCAUGAUCCAGGGUGGCACUGCCAACACCCCCAUUUCCGCCAUCCCGGCCGCCAUUGAUACGCAGACGUCACUGCUGCUCGGCCUGUGGGCGUCGGCCGGCCAGGCCAGUUUUGACAACGAGGUCGCCGCGCUGAAGGCCGCCAUUGCCCAGUACGGCAGCGCCUUUACGGACCUGAUCGUCGGCAUCUCCGUCGGCUCCGAGGACCUGUACCGCGUCUCGCCCACGGGCAUCAUCAACAAGAGCGGAGCUGGCGCAGACCCGGACGUACUGGUAUCGUACAUCAACCAAGUGCGCACCGCCAUCUCCGGCACCGCCGCGUCGUCGUCCAAGAUAGGCCAUGUCGACACAUGGACUGCCUUUGUGAACGGGUCCAACAGCGCCGUCAUCGACGCCGUCGACUGGCUCGGCUUCGACGGCUACCCGUACUUCCAAAACACGCAGGCCAACAGCAUCGCCAACGCCAAGGCCCUCUUCGACGACUCGGUGGCGGCGACCCAGGGCGCGGCCCAGGGCAAGCCCGUGUGGAUCACCGAGACGGGCUGGCCGGUCAGCGGGCCGCAGGAGAACGAGGCCGUCGCCAGCGUCGCCAACGCGAAGACGUACUGGGACGAGGUCGGCUGCCCGCUGUUCGGCAACACCAACACUUGGUGGUACACCGUCCAAGACGCCGACCCUGACACCCCUAGUCCCAGUUUCGGCCUCGUUCCCGGUGGCGGCGACACCCCGCUGUUCGACCUGUCGUGCAGCGCGAGCAGCAACGACGACCCAGCUCCCUCAUCGAGCUCUUCGGCUGGCUCCUUUGCCGAGACCUCGGCCGCUGCCACUGCCGCCUCUUCAGCUGCUUCUACCGCGGCCGCCUCCUCAGCCGCCUCCUCCGCAUCGACCACCCCCGCUCCCGCCAGCGGCACCGAUGCCGCCCCUCCCGCCUCCUCCUCGGGCCUCACAACCGUCAUGGUCACCCUCACAACAACCUACUGCCCCACCUCCACCUCCACCGCCGCCGUUCCCAACCCCAGCAGCAGCAGCACCUUCCAAACCGUCACCACCACCACCACCCCCUCGUCCUCCUCCUCCCCCUCGUCCUCGUCCUCCUCCUCUCCCUCCUCCUGCCCCGCCGACCUCUCCUCCAACCCCUACGAAUACCCCCACCUCAUCGUCCCCAUCUCCAGCACCGCGCCCACCACCCCUCACGGCACCUCCUACAACGCCACCCUCUCCCCCACCACCUCCUCCCUCUUCAACUUCGACCUGCCCGCCUCCCUCGCCGGCAAGACCUGCUCGCUCGUCUUCCUCCUCCCGCAAAAGGCAGAGCUCCAGACGAGCGACUACACUCUUUUGGGGAGUGGUGGAGGUAUUGCGGUGACGCGGUUGGCGGAGCCGGCGACGGAGGCGACGACGUGGGAUGAUGUGUCGGGGAAGACGGGGGGAGCGGUGGGCGGUGUGGAGAGCGUCGUGCCGGGUGGGGCGUGGGUGGUGGCGAGUGGAGAGUGCGAGGCGGGGGCGAGGGUGGGGUAUGAGGUUAGUGCGACGGGCGGGCUGGAGCUGGAGUGGUUUGAGGAUUGGAAUCCUAGUCCGAUUGGGCUGUUUGUGACGGUUUGUUAG